CAAAAUACGCCACAUUUGAAGAAACUCUGGAGGCAAAAUAACUAAAGAUGGAGAGAAAGGAAGAAGAAAUGAUGUCUCAUGUGAGAAGAGGGUUGUGGAAACCUGAAGAAGACAUGAUAUUGAGAAACUGUGUCGAGUCUCAUGGAGAAGGAAACUGGGCAGACAUCUCUCGUCGGUCAGGGUUGAAGAGAGGUGGCAAAAGCUGUAGGUUGAGAUGGAAGAAUUAUCUAAGACCAAAUAUCAAAAGAGGAGGCAUGUCACCUCAAGAACAAGACCUCAUCAUCCGCAUGCAUAAGCUUCUCGGAAACCGAUGGUCGUUGAUCGCUGGUCGACUUCCGGGUCGGACUGACAACGAAGUCAAGAACUACUGGAAUACACAUUUGAACAAGAAGUCCAAUUCCAGGAAACAGAACGCAACUGAGUCAGUGGAAGCUCCUACCGACAAGCCAGUUAUGUCUACAGGAGUGAGAGAUAGCCAUGGAGAUCAAGGAGAAGGAGAAGAAGGCACUACUAAUUGGAUGGAGGAGUCUAACUGUUUGGCUUAUGACGACCACAUAGGAUCUCCCCUGCCUCUCAUCUCUCAUUACACAGACACUUUUUUGUUUGACCCAUGUUUCGCCUUCAUGGAUUGCUUUCCUCUGCUUUAGGACUUUCCUGGUUUUAUCUCUAAGGGAUAAAUUCUUGCAUAGACUUUGCGAGUCAUAAUUUGCAUUUAGUUAUACAAUUUAACAUUGAGCGACGCAAGAAUAAAUCAUGUAUUUGUAAUAAGCCUGAUUCAUUAAG